AACAAGGCAAUCCUUGCCUUUAUAAGAGAAUCUGUGAAUGAAUUUUCGUAACUGUGUAAAUCCAAAGAAAUUGGAUAAAUAAAAAAAGGCGUAAAGUUAAGACAACAUGCCGGAGGUUAUUCAGCUAGCUGGCGUGCUGUCCGGUCACAGUGGUUGGGUUACCCAGCUGGCCCCGCAUCCCCAUGAUCCCGAUCUCUUGGUGUCAUCGUCACGCGACAAGACCAUCAUCGUCUGGCGUCUCACACGAGAGGGUCUGAAUAAUUAUGGGUAUAUGCUGAAGAGGAACUACGGCCAUUCGCAUUUCAUCAGCGAUGUGGUGCUGUCGUCUGAUGGCAACUUUGCGUUGUCCGGGUCUUGGGAUCGCACUAUCCGUUUGUGGGAUCUUACAGCUAGUGCAACGACACAUCGUUUCGAGGGACACACGAAAGAUGUGUUGUCCGUGGCGUUCUCACCGGAUAAUCGCCAGAUAGUAUCGGGUUCACGUGAUCGCACCAUUAAGCUGUGGAAUACUCUGGCGGAUUGCAAGUACACCAUAACCGAUGACUGUCACAGCGAUUGGGUAUCCUGUGUGCGCUUCUCCCCCAAGCACAACAAUCCCUUGAUCGUCUCCUGUGGCUGGGAUCGCACUGUCAAGGUCUGGGAUCUGACCCACUGUAAGUUGCGUAACAACCAUCAUGGCCACACUGGUUACCUUACCACAGUGGCUGUCUCGCCGGACGGUUCGCUGUGCACCUCGGGUGGCAAGGAUGCCAAAGUGCUUUUCUGGGAUCUCAGCGAUGGUCGCAAUCUUUACCCCCUGGACCAUCAUGAUGUGGUCAAUGCCAUGUCCUUCUCGCCCAGCCGCUAUUGGCUCUGUGUCGCCUGUGGCUCAUCCAUUGCCGUCUGGGAUUUGGCCUCCAAGAAGGCAGUCUUUGAUCUCUGGCUGGAGGAUGUGCCGGCAACUGCCAAGGGCGAUCUACCACAGUGUCUGUCUCUGGCCUGGUCAAUAGACGGCCAGACUCUCUUUGCCGGCUACUCGGACAACAAGGUGCGCGCUUGGCAGGUACUUACUGGUCAAUAAGAAAAUUCUAGCUAUUCAGAGGCCAUAACUAAAAAAAACUAAGCUGAUUUGUUUAUUCUAUGUAAUUGUAACUGGACACGAAAACACAAUCGAAACAAAUAUUACACAAAAUUAGAAUGGUUUAAAUGAGGAACAAAAUUGGUUACAACUUA